AUGGCUAGUAACUUGUCGUUAACUGUUGAACAAUUGAAACGCAUUGAAAGAAACCGAGCUGAAGCAGUGCGACGGAUGGCACUACGUCAGCAGCGUGGUAUACAUUCAUCACCAACUGUGGAAGACAUUUCAGCGAUAAAUCACGACAAAAAUGAGAUAAACUGUGGGUCUUCAAGUUUGUCAUCGAUGAAAAUUGAAUUACUGCCAGACAUAGUAUCCUCGGAUUCAUCCAAGCAAACUUGUCCUUCACUUGUAAAAGAUUCAAAUACUGUAAUAAUAGACAAAGGUAGCACUCUACCUUGUCCUCCCGCACUCUCAAAAUAUGUAAUUAAUUAUCGUGAUGAACCUUCAUCAUCAAAAAUUAAAGAAAACAGUAAGGAAGCACUUCCUCCAUCAUCAAUUAAACUAUCCUCAGUCGUCACCACAGUAGAGUUAAGACAAAGUGCUGUAAGUGUUACAUUCAAACUUAUCGAUCCGAAGUCUUUCCAAGUUCAGUUCAAACCAUUCAAUCAUUCAGUAGUAAAUGCUUUAAAGGCAAUUCCAUCUAAAGCUUAUGAUCCUCAUCUGAAAACUUGGGUGUUUCCGCUGGAGGAUGUUUCCGUAGUUGAGAACGCCUUGCAAGCUAUGGACGAUGUUUCACUAGAAAUAGAAAAAUUUUCUGACCAUGUCGUGAAAACGUUAUUAACGUACGGAAAGUCAUUUCUUGGUUUCAAGGAACCGAAUCUCGAGGCUCAUAUUGAAAAAACAUUACUUGAUGCUCUUUUCCCAUAUCAGCGCCGAGGUGUGAUACAUGGAAUAAUAAGAAGAGGACGAUUGCUUUUGGCUGAUGAAAUGGGACUUGGUAAAUCGAUCCAGGCACUUGGUAUUGCUCGAUAUUUCAAACAUGAUUGGCCCUUACUCAUCAUAUGUCCAUCAUCUGUGAAAUUUUCCUGGUUAAAUCAGUUCGAAAAUUUUUUACCGACUCUGCUCGAAAUUGUCAUCAUCGAGAAAGGUAUUGACCGUCUACCGCCUAAGAAAAGCAAGCAGACAGUAGUUAUUAUGAGUUACGACUUGAUGGUUUCAAAGCGAUCACAUAUUUUUGAAUAUGACUUCAAAUCAAUCAUUUUUGAUGAAUCUCAUUUGCUAAAGGAUGGUAAUGCUCAAAGAACCAAAGCUGCAACAGAUAUUUCGCGAAGAGCACUACGAGUUAUUUUAUUGACUGGAACGCCAGCUCUUUCACGUCCAGUAGAAUUAUUUAGCCAGAUUCGUAUUAUCGAUCCUAAAAUGUUUCCUAAUUAUCGUGAUUUUGCAAUUCGAUAUUGUGAUGGUAAACAGGGAAAAUUUAGUUUCGAAGCCAAAGGUUGUACCAAUAGUGAUGAAUUAGCAGUUAUUUUAUCUGGUAGCGUUAUGUUAAGAAGAUUAAAACAAGAUGUCUUGAACGAUUUACCUAUGAAAAGGCGAGAAGUUGUCUAUUUAAAAGACGAUUCUAUUUACACAAAUAUUGUCAAACUACGAGAUGCCAAAGCUGCCUUUAAUGGCGCCAAGCAGCGCUUGGUUGAGUACUAUUAUGAGACAGGAAUCGCUAAAGCAAGAAGUGUAGCUAGAUAUAUAAUCGAUCAUUAUUUUUUUGAUGGUGCGCCAAAAAGGAAGGUAUUAAUAUUUGCUCAUCAUCAGAUGGUCCUCGAUACAAUAUCUAUGGAUAUUGCUAAAAAGGGCUUGAGAUCAAUACGGAUCGAUGGUACUACUAUUAGUCGAUCACGCGAUGAGCAGUGUCGGUUAUUUCAAGAAAAUGAAGAAGUAGUAGUUGCAGUUUUAUCAAUAACUGCUGCUGGUAUUGGUAUUACUUUAACUGCUGCUUCAGUUGUUGUGUUUGCUGAAUUGCAUUGGAAUCCUGGUACCAUGAAGCAGGCUGAAGAUCGUGCACAUAGAGUAGGCCAAAAGGAUUCUGUUUUUGUUCAGUACUUAAUUGCUAAGGGUACGGCAGAUGAUGUACUGUGGCCAAUGAUUCAAAAGAAACUUGAUGUUUUGCUGUCAUGCAACUUGUCGUCAGAUACCUAUCGGGGUACCGAAAGUGUCCAAACUACGAUUGCUCCAGAAAUGGGUAGCCUGAACGAUUAUUUUCCAAAGUUGAAAAAAGUUCGAUCUCUGACAAAAUAA